ACGAGUCAGCGUCUAUAGUUGCGAUUGUCUCGCUCUUUACAUCAAACAUACAUACAAAACCGACGCAUUUAUUUAUUUUAGUAUUUUUAGUUUAUACACAAACCAUGUCAUUUUCCUCUCAUAAGACAAUAAUUAAAUGAUGGACUUUGGAUGGAAAAUUGUUUAAAGUCAUCAGUUAAUAUCAUGAUAGUGUAUAUGCAAUAUUAAUAUUAAUGAAUAUGAACUUAAUGCCGUUAUCUAGAAGUACAUAAAUUCGAGUGAACAAAUCUCCAAUUUUUCGCUAAUAAAAAAAACGUCACACAUAUCGGAAAAUUAUAUGAAAUGGAGAAAUAUGAAAAUAUUGAGAUAGUAGGCGAGGGCAGUUAUGGACUCGUAAUGAAGUGCAAGCAUCGUGCAACUGGACAAAUAGUAGCUAUAAAAAAGUUCUUGGAGACGGAAGAGGACGUGCAAGUGCGAAAAAUAGCAUUUCGUGAAAUUACGAUAUUAAAGAAAUUACAUCACGAGAAUCUUGUGAGCAUGAUCGAGGUCUUCCGUCGUAAGAAACGGCUUUACCUCGUUUUCGAAUAUCUCGAUCAUAAUGUGCUCGAUGAAUUGGAGAAUGCUGGGGGUGGUCUUGACUGGGAAAGAUCGAGACGACAUAUUUUUCAAAUACUUCGCGGUUUGGAUUUUUGUCACAAUCACAAAAUCAUGCAUCGCGAUGUAAAGCCUGAGAACGUGUUGGUGUCACCGAACGGCGUGAUCAAACUUUGCGACUUUGGCUUCGCGCGCUACAUCACUGGACCUAAUGAAUCUUGCACCGAUUACGUGGCAACGAGGUGGUAUCGCGCGCCAGAACUCCUUGUCGGCGAUACCAGAUACGGUAGAGAGAUCGACGUCUGGGCAGCCGGCUGCAUCUUUGCUGAGAUGAUCACCGGCCAGCCGCUCUUUCCCGGCGAUAGCGACGUCGAUCAGUUGUACCGCAUCACGAAAGUCUUUGGUCCUCUUUACGGGAAGCAGCCAACGAACAGCAGUAGUCAUGUAUCAUUCCUACUUCGGCGUGCAAAACCCGAUGAGGUCUCGGGCUUACCACGAUCCGCGACUGUGGCUCUUCGAAGUCUCUUUCCUACGUGGAGUCCAGUAACGAUCGAUUUCUUGGCACAAUGUCUACGUAUGGAUCCUGAUACCAGGCCAAAGUGCUUCUCGUUGCUGCAGCAUUCGUUUUUCUCGCAGGACGGUUUCGCCGACAGAUUCCUUGACGAGCUGCAGCGACUCGUCGCGAAAGAUUCCGCAAUGAAUCCGCUCGUGGUUAGGAAAAUGGAAACGUCUUCCAGAAUCUGUCGUAGCAGCACCGGACGAUGGCAGAUGACGUUAAUCAAAGAGAGGAGAGCAACGAAUAACAAUAUGAAGCUGAAAGCUGCGGAGAACGAGAAUUCGCGAGGAGACCGAGCUGAUCGACCGCAAAUAAAUCGGUCGCGUGAAUUACGUUAUUUUGGACCGAUCUCCGUAAUACCGAACACCACGUAUAUUCGACGGUUAGAGCACAAAGGUCUUCUGAUUCCUGAAUCGAAGGGCUGUGUCUUACCGGCUCUGACAUCGAAGACGUACGCUAAGAGAAAAAAGUUCAACCUCCCUGGCUCGAAAAAUCGUUGAGAGCACACUAAAGAUUUUUCUUCUAAUAACAUUAAUAUGUCAAGGAAGGAGUAUGAGGAAUCUGUACAGAGAAACUUGUUACAUGCGAGACUGCAGUAUAGAGAGCAUUGUACAUAUCUUAUGUAUUCUACAUAUUCUAUAAGUGGAGAAAAUGUGUUUGUAAGAUGAGAUUUAUUUGCUCUGUAAAAAGGAAUGAACAUGAAAAGAAUUCUUUUAAUUUUAUACGGAAUGUAAAAACACAUAUAUCCAUAUUUUCACAUAUGUUUCAA